AUGCCAUUUACGCGUUUGUUUGCCCAUCCGGAGAAGGCACAGAAAUCCCAUGAUCCACCAGUAAAAAGUGUUAGCGAAUUGCUGCAAUUAGAAAAGGAAAAGAAAGUGAUAGUAAAACCUAUCGAAUUAUUUGUAGACAGUCCUGUCGUGGGCAAAGGAUCAACAGUUCAAAGUCCCGGAGAUGCAGCAACAAAAUUUGCUUAUUAUCGAAACGAGGAAGUACAGUACUUUGAUUUCGGACCGACACCAAACCGUGACAAAACUGCCGAUAUAAUUCACACUGAAGACAGCAAAGGGAAUAUUUUAUCUGUGAUAACCACUACGAUCCCCGGCAAAAAAAACUUUUCCCCAUUCUGGGACGUUUUUAAUGUCGUAGUUCCGGAUUCCAGUUUAAUUACCAAUUUGAAGCAGAUCAGAAAAUAUCCGAGAGUUUUUGCUGGUGUUAAUGCGAAUUGCCCUGUUGUUAGCGUUAACGGUAAACCGGUGCACUUCGAUCAAGAAUGGGAAAAAAGACUUAGCAAAAAAGGAUAUAAUAAAAAAUAUUGA